AUGUUCGCUGCUCGUCAGUCCCUCAACCUCCUCCAGAAGCGUAGCUUCUCCGCUUCUGCCAGCCAGGCUUCCAAGGUUGCCGUUCUCGGUGCCGCCGGUGGCAUUGGCCAGCCCCUGUCCCUGCUCAUGAAGCUCAACCCCCUUGUCACUGACCUCGCCCUCUACGACAUCCGCGGUGGACCUGGUGUCGCUGCCGAUGUCAGCCACGUCAACACCAACAGCACCGUUAAGGGCUACGAGCCUACCCCCUCUGGCCUCCGUGAUGCUCUCAAGGGCUCCGAGGUUGUCCUCAUCCCUGCCGGUGUUCCCCGCAAGCCCGGCAUGACCCGUGAUGACCUGUUCAACACCAACGCCUCCAUUGUCCGCGACCUCGCCAAGGCCGCCGCUGAGGCUGCUCCCGAGGCUAACAUCCUCGUCAUCUCCAACCCCGUCAACUCUACCGUCCCCAUCGUUGCCGAGGUCUACAAGUCCAAGGGUGUCUACAACCCCAAGCGCCUCUUCGGUGUCACCACCCUGGACGUUGUCCGUGCUUCCCGCUUCAUCUCCCAGGUCAAGGGCACCAGCCCCGCCAACGAGAACGUCACCGUCAUCGGUGGCCACUCCGGUGUGACCAUCGUUCCCCUCCUCUCCCAGUCCAACCACCCCGACAUCUCCGGCACCGUCCGUGACGAGCUGGUCAACCGCAUCCAGUUCGGUGGUGACGAGGUCGUCAAGGCCAAGGACGGUGCUGGUUCCGCCACCCUCUCCAUGGCCAUGGCCGGUGCUCGCUUCGCCGACUCCCUCCUCAAGGCCGCCAACGGCGAGAAGGGCAUCGUCGAGCCCACCUUCGUUGAGAGCCCUCUCUUCAAGGACCAGGGUGUUGACUUCUUCGCCUCCAAGGUCGAGCUCGGCCCCAACGGUGUUGAGAAGAUCCACGAGGUCGGCCCCGUCAACGAGUACGAGCAGGGUCUCAUCCAGACCGCCCUCGGUGACCUCAAGAAGAACAUCCAGAAGGGUGUUGACUUCGUCAAGGCCAACCCUUAA